UCAGUCAGUCAGUCAGCAGCAGCAGCAGGCAGUCUCCCUUGGCCUCGUCGUCUUCCUCCGGACUCCUGCGCCUCGAAACCCCAGCCAGCCUCCAACUCGCACCCGCCCCGCCCCAGAACCCCUGACUCGCCCACUUUGCCUUGCGACGUGCAGGUCUGUGACCAUCGAUCCUUUCUUCUAGCAGGCUCCAAAGUUUCGAUUUCUUUUCUUCUUGUGCCCUAGGUGGGUGCAUUCCCCCUUCUCUCCCUCUCCCUCUCCCUCCAUCUCCCUCUACUGAUGGAUGUUUCUUGGUACAACCUGACGCCCUUUCAAGAUUGGGGUUUCUUCUUAUCCAGCCGUUAUUCGAUGCAAAUUCGCGCAUUCCUCAUUUCUCCUAGGGUUUCAUAAACGAAUUUGUCUAUUUAUUUUUCGUCUUUGUCUUAGGAGGAGGGUUUGAUUGAUAGUGCAAAUAGAAACCUUCUCUGCAGCACAAGUCAAGUAGCAGUGGGACAUUUCAUCAUAGGAAGGCCAUGGUUUCCCACAAGGACAAGACUCAAAAGGCCUAUGUGGCCAUGGGGCGUCUCGGCUUCUCCAAGAAGCAGGUUGAGCCGGUCCUCAGGCACCUCUACCACCUCUUUGACAAAAACUGGGCGCCCAUCGAGGACGAGAGCUACCGCAUCCUUGCUGACACCAUCCUGGAUGCCCAAAACAAUCAACCAAUGCCUGCCGCUGCCCGUCAUAUGACGGGCCAAGAGUCCGAACCUCACAACUCAACGUCGGCCACACCAGAUCCAGAUGACCAACACCCUUCCGCUGCUCGGUAUGACACUGAUAAUGAAACCUCCCUCAUCAACAGACCCAUGGGUGUCAAUGAAAAUUCCCAAGAUGCUCUCUUCUUACAAGAGCCCAAGCCUGAACCUGAAAUUGAUGUUCCAGCUGCUCCUCUUACCAACGGCCUCAAUAUUGGGUCUUCAGGUGGGGAGAACAUGCUAAUUAAACAUUGUAAAACAAGGGAGAUGCUGACUUGUGGUUCUGAUGCUAGAGCUAGCAUAGUUAACCACGAUCAAAAUCCGGACAGCAGACAGCAUGCAGUCAAGGAUGGGGUAGAGCCUACUGUUCAAAAGACUCACCAGGCAUCUUUUGUUGAAUUUGAUGUAGCUUCAUCCACUCUGGGUGAGGUGAAGGUGUCAUUGAAAUGCAAGUUUGACCCUUCAGAGGUCUGCAUUAGUUUGGACAAGGUCUUCAAAAUAGUUGAGGAUAAAUGUCUUCGCUCAUACAAGACCCUACCUCCUGAUUUUUCUAUUGGCAAGCUGAUGAAUGAGAUAUGCCAAUAUGUUGCAGAGUCACGUGGUGUGCAUUCUGAAGCUCAAAACAAUGGUGGCAGCUUGCAAGAAGAGGCUUUGGACACCUAUGCUCCCUUUGUGAAGCCAAUUGCUUGUAAGCAUGCUGUUGAUGGGAAUGGUAAUGCUGCCGUAGGAUCAUCCUUGGAACCUAGCUUUCAAAAUUGGGUAGUUGCUUAUCAACCUCAGGAUGCACUUUUUAAGCAAAGGCCACUCCAUGAUGUGGCUGACAUAACAAAGGGAGAAGAAAGAGUUAGAAUACCUAUUGUAAACGAAUUUGGCAGUGAUAGUUGUCCGCCAUUGUUCUAUUACAUAAGAAAGAAUCUCAUUUUUCAAAGUGCUUAUGUCAACACCUCACUUGCACGGAUUGGUGAUGAGGAUUGCUGCGCAGAUUGUUCAGGCAACUGCUUAUUAGAAUCACGUCCAUGUGCAUGUGCAAGAUCAACUGGAGGUGAGAUUGCAUACACACCAGAGGGCCUGGUCAGGGCAGAAUUAGUUGAUGAGUGCAUUGCUAUUAAUCACUUCCCAGAAAAGGAUAACAAGUUCUACUGUAAAGCUUGCCCUCUUGAAAUAAAUAAGACCUCACCAGAUCCAUGUAAAGGUCAUCUUGCUAGAAAAUUCAUUAAGGAGUGUUGGAGUAAAUGUGGCUGUGGCAUGCAGUGUGGAAAUCGUGUGAUUCAGCGUGGGAUAACAUGUAAUCUCCAGGUGUUUUUCACGAAUGAAGGGAAGGGCUGGGGGCUAUGCACGCUGGAUGGGCUGCCAAAAGGUGCUUUCAUCUGUGAAUUAGUCGGAGAGGUACUAACAAGUUCUGAACUACAUGAGAGAAAAGCCAAGAAUUCUAAGAAUGUGCAUCAAAUGCUCCUAGACGCUAGUUGGGGUUCUGAAGGGGUGCUAAGAGAUGAGGAAGCUCUUUGUAUUGAUCCGACAUUUUAUGGGAAUGUCGGGCGAUUUGUCAACCAUAGAUGCUAUGAUGCAAAUUUAGUUAUCAUACCUGUUGAAGUCGAGACUCCUGAUCGCCAUUAUUAUCAUCUUGCAUUAUUCACUGCCAAGAAAAUAGAGGCUUUUGAGGAGUUAACACUGGCGACGACUCUGUUACCUGACCCGUCUACAGUUUGUCCACCCGAGAUAAUAUUUGGAGACCUCAUUCAGUGUGGUUUCAUUUGGAUGUGAAUGGUCUCAUCUGCACGGGGGGAGGUCGCGAUCACCGCGGUGACGUCCUGCGGCAGCUACUUUUUGCCAGAUCCUCAUGAGCGAUAGGGGGGACGUGAGGCAGAAACUAUAUUAUUAUGGUGCUCACUCAAUUCAGCAGUUUAACUAUAGUAUGUUGAGCUGACACCUUUGUGUCAAAUUAAGUGGCUGAUGUUUCGGCGGCCUUAUUUCAUAUAGGUUGCCAGCACUUGAAAUGCCGAAAUGUGCAUGUAGAGCUGAAAGAAAUUAAGAAGUUUUGCUGGCUUAGAUCCA